UCACGCAUUCGGCAUUCGUCGUCGUCCUCUCGCCUGCGAGCGGCUCUGCUCCCAACCGACGCGGCGACACCGAGUGGCGAGAGCAAGCAUGACCACGCCUCCGCCGCCGCAACUCCUCCACCCCUCGCCGCAGGAUCAGGUCGACGACCUUACCCAGGAGAUCCUCCUCCGCAUCCCGCCGUACAAGCCCAAGCGCCUCGUCCGCUGCUCCGCCGUCUGCAAACCCUGGCGCCUCCUCCUCACCGACCCCGCCUUCCUCCGCCGCUACCGCGCGUUCCACGGGGUGCCUCCCAUGCUGGGCUUCCUCUUCAACGUGAAACUCCCCCGCAAUCGCUUCGUCGCUCGUUUCGUCCGCACCACCUCCUUCCGCCCUCGCACCCUCGACCACAGCGACUGGUACGCGCGCGACUCACGCCACGGCCGCGUCCUCUUCCACAACCCCAGCUACGUGGAGGGUGACCCUGACCUCGUCGUAUGGAACCCCAUCACGGAUGAGAAGUGGCAGCUGGCCUUUCCGUCGCUGGACUUCGAGGACUGGGACGCGGCGGUGCUCUGCGCCGCGUUUGGCGGCUGCGACCACCUCGACUGCCACGGCGGACCCUUCCUCGUGGCAUUCGUGGGCACCGACAACGAAGGGAUCACGUCCGCCUGCGUCUACUCCUCUGAGACCGCUACCUGGAGCGACGCGACCGUCGCUGAGCACCCCAAUGACUUCGCCAUCAUGAACAUGAAGCCCAGCGAGCUUGUGGGGAACACGAUCUACUUCAUCGCUGUAGAUAGCAAGACAAUUGUGGAGUACGACUUGGGCCGUCGGCAACUUGCGUUCAUCGACCCGCCGUUCGCGUACCAGGGUUGCGGUGUCCUCAUGCCGGCCAUGGGCGGUGGGCUGGGGUUCACCGGCGUACGGGGUUCCUGCCUCUACCUGUGGUCGAGGGAGGCCGGUCCAGAUGGAACUGCGGCAUGGACGCAACGCAGAGUCAUCGAGCUCAACACACUGCCCACUCGUGCCCCCUUGUACGGACCUACUGCGGCUGCGGUUGGCUUCGCUGCGGGCCUCGGCGUCAUCUUCGUCACGACAGACGCUGGCGUCUUCGCGAUCAACCUCAAGUCUUGCAUAGCCAAGAAGGUGUCCAACAGGGGAAGCAUCGACACUAUCAUUCCUUACACGACCUUCUAUACUCCAGAUCAUGCUACGGGAUGAUCACCGCCGCCAAACGCCGGAUCCAUCCAUUAACAUGAUGAACCUUCUGCUGUUGGCUUUGGCAGACCUGAUGCUUCGAGUGCUUUAUUUUCAGGUUGGCACUUUAAGCAAGAAAAAAAAGUUAGUGAUCAUGGUCAAAACUGUUGUUUCCGAUUCUUUUUAGUACGAAAAGGGUGAGGCAUCAUCGUCGAUUAGUUGUCUCUAUUCUUGUUGAAUUCUUAGCGAUUGUGGCCUGAGAUCUGUGUGUCCGGUUUACAUUUCUGCUCCUUUUUGAGUAAAUUUUCAUGUCAUGCUUGGCAAGGCAACUGAAAUCGAUAGACGAAUCUGUUCCUUUUUUUCCUGGAAAAUGGACCUCCGUGGUUCAGCGUUCCUGAAAAAUGCACAACUCUUGCUGAA